UUGCAUCACCCAGUGUGUGUGUGCAUAUAUAUGUAGGAUACGGGAAAUAAUCCAGUUUUCACGUGUCACAGCUUGUGAGAGAACCCGUCCUAGUGUCCACGCGCUCUAUAGAUUUUAGAAGCGGACUAUUUUGUCUCAUUCAGAUCAUUAGCCCUACUCGAAGAUAUAAGCCAGCACCAUGUGUGGGAUUUGGGCCGUGUUUGGUAGUGACGAAGAUGUCUCCGUGCAGUGUAAUGCCGUCCACAAGAUCACUCAUAGAGGACCAGACGCCUUUAGGAUAGAAAACAUCAACCAUUUUCAGAACUGUUGUCUCGGCUUCCACCGAUUGGCUAUCGUUGAUGACGUCAGAGGGAUGCAGCCAAUGAGACUGUACACCCAUCCUCACAUAUGGCUGAUAUACAACGGGGAGAUCUACAACUAUAAAUCAGUUGCAAAACAACAUGACUUCCAUCUGAGUACAGACUGCGAUGGAGAGCCAAUGAUUCAUCUGUAUGACAAAUAUGGUAUUGAUUUCCCCUCCCACUUGGAUGGUGUGUUUGCCUUCUGUCUUCUCGACACGGCUAACAGGAAGGUCUUAAUUGGUCGGGACACGUUUGGAGUCCGCCCCAGCUUCAAGCUUAUCACAGACAAUGGCUUCCUAGCUGUGUGCUCUGAGGCUAAAGGUCUUUUUGGUUUGAGUCACAGCCUAACUGAUGAGGCUGCUAACAUCGUCCCCGUCGCCCCCGGUACAGUGGAACAGUUCGACCUCGACAACAACGGACGAGCCACGUCCCGGAAGAUGAAACAGUUCCACUCUAUUGGCGACAUGCCCCUGUACAAAACUCCUGUAGAUACCGACUCACUAGGAGAUGAUGUUAAGAAGAACAUCAGGGUGUUAUUUGAGACGGCCGUCCAGAAGCGUCUCAUGGCAGACAGAAGAAUAGGUUGCCUGUUGUCAGGGGGUCUCGACUCGAGUCUGGUGGCCGCAUUAUUGGUGAAGAAUGCCAAAGAACAGAAACUGCCCUACCCCAUACAGACCUUCUCUAUUGGCAUGGAGGGGAGUACAGAUAUCAUGGCGGCCAGGAAGGUUGCAAAACAUUUGGACACAGAGCAUCACGAGAUUAUAUUCACACCUGAGGAGGCUAUUGAUGUUUUAGAGGACCUAAUUCGCCAUCUCGAAACAUACGACAUUACGACCAUCAGGGCCUCAAUUGGUAUGUUCCUAGUCAGCAAGUACAUCAACGAGAAGACGGACACCGUGGUCAUCCUGUCCGGGGAGGGCUCCGACGAGCUGGCCCAAGGGUACAUCUACUUCCACAAAGCUCCAUCAGCUGAGGCUGGGGACGAGGAGAGUCGGAGACUGCUGAAGGACCUCUACAUGUACGACGUGUUGAGAGGGGACAGGACGACAGCCGCCUGGGGACUGGAGAUCCGGGUCCCCUUCCUUGACCAUCAGUUCACCAGCUACUACCUGUCCCUCCCCAACGAGGACCGCGUCCCUCAGAAGGGGAUUGAGAAGUACCUCCUCCGGUCAGCCUUUGAUGGGAUGAACCUCCUGCCCAAGGACAUCUUGUGGAGGCCCAAGGAAGCCUUCAGUGAUGGAGUGUCAUCUGUCAAGAGAUCCCUUUUUGAGGUCAUCCAAGAUUUCUGUGAUGAACAGAUCAAUGAUGACCAGCUGGAACAGUCUGCAUCACUCUACACCUUUAACACCCCCAGGACGAAGGAAGCCCUGUAUUACAGGAGGGUGUUUGAGAAGCACUACCCCACCAAGUCAGACUGGAUUCCCUAUAUGUGGAUGCCGCGUUGGAUGAACGCAACAGACCCCUCCGCCAGGACGCUCAAACAUUAUAAACAGUAGAAGUAAUCUUUAUGGAAAAAUAUAAAACGAGUAAACAUUUUGUGAACAGUGCUACGGGUACGGUUACUUAUCUCAGCUUUUAUACAUUGGUAGCUUUUCAGCAAGUUUUUGUAGAUGCGCUGGUAUUGAAGUUCAUAAUCUGUUUUUAUUUAUUGACAUAAAGUGGAACCCCAUUAAUUUGGAAAUCCCCUUUUGGGGCAAUAAUUAACAGCAUCUGUUAAAACUACAAUUAUUUUACAUUGGCAUUACUUGGUACCCUGUCUGCAAUUCCGGGAAUUGUGAAUGUCCAAAAGAUUUCAAUGUUGGUGUUCCCAAUACUGAUGUAUUGUGAAAUACAUUGCAUUGUCAGAAAUGACCUGACCCUGAUAUGCACUAAUUAAGGGUAGGUGGAAAAAAAAGGAGUGAUGUCGAAUAUGUCCUCAGCAUGGAAUGGUCUACGCCUGCCUUUCCAUAUGGCUCAAUUAGGGCUGGGACGGGUAGCCUAGGUACUCGGUCGGGUGGGUACGCUUGUUACAAACUACAGAUAUGUCUCAAUAUAUUUCACUGCCUCAUCGGACUUCUGAGUUUUUUCAUAUAAAACCAUAUUUUCUCUGAAUAAUUCUGGGGAAAGGAUAUGUACAAGAAAAUUAUGGAGUUACCUUUUGCUUUUUGAUUGAGUUCAUUGAAGAAAUAUGUUGAAUUGCAUCUUCAAUUACCCAUCUCCAUCUCCAUUCUAUUACAUACUACUCAGCAUUUGCUAAGGACCAAGAUAGUCACCUAUGUUCAGAGCUGUGGUCCUCCGCAAACUUAAUAGGCUUAAACAAAAUAAAAGAAUUGGUUCUCAGACAAUGUUUUUUGAAAAUAAAGUGCAGGCGGUAUGUCUAGUACUAGUAUGUCACCAAUAAACAGUUCUUUAAUCAAUAAUCAGUUGUGAACAAUCAACCUGGGAAAGGGCCUCCCUUUAUAAAUGUAUUCCUUGAUAAGUAAAAUACUGGAAUACAGUGUUUUUUUUAAAUGGAAAUAAAAUGAAAUGUGCGGCAAACUUUAUGAUGCGAGAACCAAGACUAUAAUUGUUUUUUAGCCUAAUCAUAUCAGAGUGGAUAUCAAAGAGGAUGUUAGAUAUGUUAUUGUCAUUGAAUUACUGGCACAGGUGAAAGAGUGAGUAUGGCUUUAGCAUAUCAAGCAGGGCACAGGGGAGACACCAAAAAGGGCUUCACAUACUGACCCGUGUGAGACAUAGGCAAAAGAACGCUCAUGGCACAUCACUCCCAACUCGCUUGGUAACUUUGAAGUUCUUUCAUUUUUCAUGACUUUUUGGAACAUGAAUCUGACUGUUGUUCUUGGGAUUUAUAGAUUGAGAAAUAAAUAUGAAAGAUCUGAGUGUUUCAAA